AUUCACCGUCUAUCUCUGCGUCAUUCGAUGGAGCCAAGUCGAGUCAUCUACGAGGCCACCACGGCGUGCCUUCGGAGCUUCACAGACUGCCUGGCAGUCGAGACGCUGAUGAAGGAUGAGUGGGCCGAGAACCGCCUGGCUGAUUUCAACCUCUGGGUCUCGGGUGUCGGCGCUUGCUCGAGCAACCGAGCGUCCCUCGACGCGAGACUCGCCCUCAAGCGAGAGGCCCGCGAUGUCAUAGCGAACCUGCUGCAUCUGCUGGCCGGCGAGGUCGAUGAGUGCAAAGAACAAGGGCUUCAACUUGCCACAGCCAGCUCCGGGACCCCAAACCUCGCUUUGGGUUCCAGUCAUGAUGAAACCGCUCGCGGUCGCAUGGCCUCGCUAUCGCUUGGCGAGGCACCCGCCAGAUCAUUCUCGCCUUGGUCAGAUGACUCCAGCUCGGGCUCGUGCUCAGAUGAGGAAGUCGGCCAGGUGGCUUCCGGGAACCCGCUGCGCGGACAUAUGCAAAACGUUGAGAAGAUGCUCGACCAGCUUGCGCGCAUCGGUAUUGCCGUCCGAAAGUCAGGCGUACGGUCACGGCUGCAGAAAGCCGAUCAGCGCUUCCAGCCAAAAGAGCACGAGGACCUAGAGAGGCAUCUGGUCGUAAUGUUUCUUACGCGCCUUGGCUCCUUGGAUGACCAGCUUGACCGGAGUAGGUUGAGCCCCGUGCACUGGCGGCUUAUCCGCUGCAACCUGAAGCGCCGCAACCGCUUCAUCUAUGCGCAGCAGCACUCGGCAUGGCUUAACCCGGACGCGGCAAUAUCUCCGUAUCAGACUCAGAGAGUCGAGCGAACUGGACCCCCUCCGAAAACCGGUGAAGAGCUUGUCAGUGUGAGACAAGGUUCUCUACCCACCAGCACCGCCUCUGUUGGUGAGAGAGUGGGCAGUGCGUCGAUAAACCUCACCCUUAGAACAGGGACGAGUGCGUCUGCCGUCAGCGACUCGCUUGCAGUGCCGCAAGCCUUGAUGUCGGUACGGGCCGCAUCGACAAUCAUGUCAUCGACCAUUGUAGACCUCGAAUACCCUUACCCUCCGAAAACGAAGCCCGAUGCUCGUGUGUUUACCUGUCCAUGUUGCUGCCAGACACUUCCCGUGGCCUUUUCAAGAGGAAACAGAUGGAAAAAACAUGUCGCCGAGGACGUCUGCCCUUACACCUGCGUGCUGCCCGAAUGCACCACGCCGGACGUUCUAUUCACGCUAAAGGAAAACUGGCUGCAACAUCUCGUGAAGGAGCACAGAAGCUCCGACUACUGGAUCUGUUUUAUCUGUGGAGACGGCGUAUGGCUCGGUAGCGAAGAUGAUUUCAUCGCGCACACAGAGAGGAAACAUACAGAGUCGGUACCGCAAAGCCAAAUCCCGGCCCUAAUGAGCCUUUGCAAACACUCAGCUCCCGUGCGAAUCAGUUGCUGCCCGCUGUGCGGAUGGCACGGAGACGAGGAUCGCCAAGUGGACAGAGACGUGCUCCUCGACCACAUCGCCAAAGAGGUACACGCGUUUUCGCUUAGGGCAUUACCAUGGGCGGAUGACAACGGCCAAGAAAAUGAUGAGCGCAUUGAACAAAGCUCCGAAAAGGUGCAUGACUGGCUUGUCAGGAGCGAAUUAACGAGGACGCUGGAGUUGGAGCGACCAUCCCUUGAGAAGAAGACGUACGCCUCCAACUAUUUCCCCCCGAAUCCGUAUUUUGGUGAUGGCUCUGGGGCAUCGAGCUCCAGCAAUCUCGACUCGGUUGCGUCUCGGGAGGCGGAGCUGCAGAAAUGGACCACGGAGGAAGGCCCGCUGGAAUUCGGAGGCAGUACGAAUUCUGACAGUGAAGCCAAUCAUGAUGAUGAUGAUGAUGAUGAUGUGCCAACGAUGACGGACGAUGAACAUGAUGCCCCUUUCCGCGACGACGUGCUCAAUGAGAUAGUGGCCAGGAUGGUGCAAGACCCCUCUACGGUGGAGGCAGACCUACGACUACUUCUGCAGAGGAGAGUGGUCAGUCUGGGACGUAACCAUCCAGAGACCCUCAGUGUUCUAUACCAUCUGGGUGGUGCUCUUCUCAAGAUGAGCAAUUUUGAAGAGGCGGAGACGAUAUACAGUCUUUCUGCGAGAGGAAGACUGGAGAUUCUUGGGCCCAGUAGCCCAUACACCAACGCCAGCAUCGCCGGGCUGGAGUUGAGCCGAUACGAAAGGAGCAGAGACAAGACGAAUCUGAUGAACGCGCAUGUGGCCAUCAAAGAAGCAAUUUCAGAAUUUCCUAAUGGAUACGACUAUAUGAACGGAUUCGGCAAUCUUCCUGGUCUGCUAUAUCGCUUCGGUCAGUUGUUUUCAGACCUGUUCGAGAGAGAACACAACCUUAACCACCUGCUCGAUGCGAUCAUGAUAAUUGAGGACGCGCUCAGAUUGACAAAGGACUUUCCGGAAUUUGCACACGCAGUGGAUACUCAUGCUCAAUUGUUGUUGGUGCGUUUCGAUCACGAAGGCGAGAUUGAGACUCUAGAAUACGCCUUGACUACGGUGAGGUUUGCCCUUAGGGUCGAAUCUCACAGAAACAGGAGCAGCCUAGCCUAUGCGGAACUACUCAAGGACGUGGGUAAGAUACAAUUAGCAAAAUUUGUUUCCCAGGGUGAUGUACAAGAGCUGGAAAGUUUUAUGGACGAGCUAACAAAAAUGGACGAUGCUACACGGAACCGUGUUCGCUUGAUGGACAUGGUAAAAGAGUUGAGCGUCAUGACCGGCCCCUACCUCAAUAUCCCUGUCAAAUUGCCUUCUGGUACCGUCGAAGGACGUGUCGAUUCGGACUCGAGCACUGCAGAGGUCGAACGCGACAGACACUUUUGCCAAAAAGCAAUGAGUCCUAAUUACUUCAAGACAUUCUUUGUCGAGGAGCGUGUGCUCCAAAGCGGUGGCAGAGGCGUCGUUCUGCUUGUCCGCCACGAGAUUGACGGGUGUUCUUUAGGCCACUUCGCCUGCAAGCGAAUCCCGGUUGGAGACGAUAGGGCUCGUGUGGAAAAACGUAUUUGGCAACACUCUAUUUCCGCGGGUUGGGUCACCUUUGCUAACAUCAUGUCCCGCAAGUGCUUACCGAGGCCGUGUCAAUGAUGAAACUAUCUCACUUGAACCUGGUGUCUUAUCGACACGUCUGGAUGGAGGAGGUCAAGGUCAACAGCCACCCUGGCCUUGGACUUCUCUGUGUCUUCAUACUGUUGCAGUACUGCAACUCGGAGAGUCUGCUUGACCGCAUCAUCGACCCAUCGCGGGUGAGGAUGAGGCGGAAAUCACUCCGAGCUAGACUGCUAGCCCCCUCCAAUGGAAACGUCACCUGGCCGAGAAAACAUGGAACAAACCAUGGGCCGUUUUUCCUCGAAGAGAUCUUUUUGAUUUUCCAAGACAUCACGAGGGGACUGAGCUACCUUCACGAGGUCAAAAUCAUCCACUGCAACCUCAAGCCUAGCAAUUGCCUGUUGCACUGUGAAGGCACGAGGACUUCGUGUCUCAUCAGUGGCAUCGGCGAGACUCAAAUGGCCGACGCGACCCCGGCCUUGUCGACGCGGACCGCAAGCAACAUCUCCUACUGUGCUCCCGAGUUACUGAGGAGAGACGGAAGCGGCCGCCGCCGCAUCGGAGAGUUCACCACCAAGUCUGACAUGUUCUCUCUGGGUAUGAUUGUCUACUUGAUGUGUUUUGGCGAACUCCCCUAUGCGAACGCCGACGCGGAGCUGGGGGAUCCAAGAACCGUUCAUCUGCUGCAAGAGGAGAUUAUCAACUGGCAGGGUAUUCAGGAGGAAAUCCCCCCGUCCGAUCUGCCGACUUGGCUUGUCAACCUGCUGAAGAAGCUUCUCGAUCCCGAUCCAACCCAACGUCCGGACGCGGCCGAGACACUUCAGUCAUUGCAUAUCCACGAGGCCACCCUCAAGGAACAUAUACAACAAAGAAAGGCAAAAAAAGGAAAGACAGUCACGCGGGCCCCAUCAGUAUAACUCCCCCAUCCUAUCCGUUCUAUUGUUAUUCGUACUGCAAUCAAUCACUUCAUUGUCAUUAUGCCACCGCAUAUUUCCCAUCAUGGUCUAUAUCAGACUAGGUUCAAUCACCUCGUGGAUGACGGCCCUAUGCUGGCCGAGCCGGAACAGGGACGCGAAAACCCACGACGUUCGUGACUCCCUCGCUCGUCAGCAGACACGAGAGAGUGCCGCCACCAGUGUCGCCCAUCGCACCUCAUCGGAGCCUUCCAUCCAUUUCCACGGCGCCAAAUAUAGAUAGCGCUCUUUCAGCGUCGGUGUGGCCAGGGCCCUGAAUACGGCUAACAUUCCCUUGCGCGUGCGGAGCUUCUCAGCCACGUUUAGGGAUGCACACCCUCCCGACCUGAGCCCUGCGUAUCCGAGAAGACCCGCAGCCAUGGCCGCCGCGACGGCCGCCGCGACCGAGGAGCCAGACUUGUACUCCUCUGCUUGAUGGUGGGUGCUCAGCCACGAAGACGGGACAUCCAUACCCAGCGUGCCGAAGGCCGUCUCCUCGUCCUGGCUCCGUGCGGGGUUGAAUCCUUCAAAGUCGCCGUCGAAGUUUGUGCAGCGGAUCGAAAUGACGGAGUCGUGUCGGGCGGGGAACAUUUCCCUCUCGUUGGCGCCAUAGUUGGAGGCCGCGGCGAAGAAGAGGACGGCAUCGUCGCGCUCGUAUAGCGCCCCGCGGAUCGCCCUGCUGAUGUUGCGCUGCUCCUCGGCGUAUCCGAACGACAUGGAAAUGAUAUCGGCCCUCCACUCCUUGCUCGCCCACGAGAUAGCCUACAAGUGCAGUUAGCAUCAUCAUCAUCAUCAUCAUCAUCUGGCUUUCCCGACUUGAUCAAAUCAGUCGGCAGUGUCGGGCUCGACGCGAGGGCCUAACAAGUAGAGUACCUUGGCUACGUUGUCGCUCGCGCCCAGAAGUUCAUCGGGGCUCCUGGCCACCCGAGCCACAUACAUGAGGGCGUCCGGAGCGAUCUGCAUUAUCAGAGAUACUAGGUGAGUUCCAUGCCCGUGUUGAUCCUGCCACUGCUCCGACUCGUCGACCCAGUCCUUCCACUCCUGGAGACGAGAGCCAUGAUCCGAGUGGAGGAAGAAGGCGGCAUUGUCGUCACAGCCGGUAUCGAGCACAGCGAUCCGGACGCGGGCCGCAGGGCUGAUCGGCUUCGCCUGCGCCGCUGCGAGUUCAUGGUUAAGCCGCCGCAUCUGUAAGAGCCAGCGCCUAGCUUUUCUCUUGCUCUCCGGAUCCGUCUGCGCCGGCGGAGCUGCACCGGCAUCAUCUGCAUCUUUGGCGGGGGACGGCAGCUGCUCAGCGACGACGCCAUGUGCUGGGACGCUCUCGGUGGGUGUCUCGAGAGGGCUGAUUGACGUCAAUUGGUCCAUCCAUCGAGUCCUCUGGAGCAGUUCCUCGAGCGGAAAGACGACCUUGUCGUACAGAAUGUCCCUUCGCCGCUUGAGGCCGUGAAUAAAGGGCUCCUCUCCUUCGCCGCCAACGGCCGGCAUGGACGUCGCGGAGCCGAAGAUGCAAGGGUGCAAACAGCUGCUGACCGCGGCCAGGUAGUCGGGGUAGUCACAGUCUCUCCAGAGGCGCUCGUUCUUCGAGUGCUGUAUGGCCUGUAGCAGAUGCUCGUUCACGGCCGCCGCCACCGACGACGAAAUGGUGCGCGCCGAAUAAUUCAUAGGGAGCGGCGAGCCGAUUCCAAUCUCGACCAGCAUGGUCCCGAGGGCGCGAACCCGCGGGUAGUGGUGGAUCUCACCGUCGAUGGUACUGCGCUCGCCAGCUAGGGGGUCCUCCUCGUCGCCGAAGCGAACGGAGAGGUAGGGCUUAAAUGCAAAGAUCCCGCCUUGUUCGCCGGCGCACUCCUCGAUGAACUGUAUCGUCUCGCUCGUCCACGCCGUCUUCAUCCAGUCCGAAUCGUAGUACUGCCAGACCGACUGUGCAAGAAUGUUGGCGAGCGAGAUGCCGGGCGCGUGCUGGACGAUCUGCCUCAGGUGAUCGAAGCCCGUCUUGUGCAGCUUGCCGUCGUGAACGGUGAGGCAGACGCGUGACCUGGUUUCUGAGCUGAUGAGUUUGCAGAACUGACCGUGGUCAACUCGGACGGACAGAGGCUCCGGCGGCGAUGGGAGCGGCUGGAUAUCAUCAUUGCUCUCGAGACUGAGGAUUCUUGCUCGCUUUUUUGACCUCUUCGCCCUAAGUAUAUAUGGUCAGCUCCAUCCGGCGCAUGCUAUCACCAUUCGUGUCAGGCCGGGGAGGAGAUCCCAAAAGCACGUACCGCGGCACCAACAGCUGCACAUCCUGCCAAUGACCAGAUCCAGCUCCCUUCCACGCUCGUG